AUGGCAUGUCGGCGACUGUCUUUCGUGACCCCGCUACUUAUUUACAUUUUUUCCACCAUCUUUCCUCUUGCUGCAGUCUGUAUCGACGUGCUCCAAUUCGUAGACCCUCUUAUUGGUAGCACUAACGGCGGAAAUGUAUUCGCGGGUGCUACAAGGCCAUACGGUUUGGCAAAGCCUGUUGCGGAUGUGGAUGGUCAGAAUACCGGGGGUUUCUCAACCGAUGGCUCAAGUAUCACGGGCUUCUCAGCAGCUCAUGACAGCGGCACAGGCGGGAACCCCAGCCUAGGAAAUUUCCCUUUAUUCCCUCAGAUAUGUCCUGGAGGUGACGUGAAUAAUUGUAACUUCCUCAUAAGCGAGAGGGCCACUCACUACGUAGAAGAUUCGGUUGUUGCUCGACCAGGCUACUUCGAGGUGGAAUUGGUCUCGGGGAUAAAGGCCACAAUGACCUCUAGCGAUCACGCUGCAUUAUAUAAAUUCGAAUUUCCGGCAGGGGAUGAUCAGUAUCCUUUAAUACUACUCGAUUUGACGGAUCUAUGGAAAAGCCGCCAAAAUGCUUCAGUUAGCGUAGAUGCCGAAAGCGGGCGGCUAAAGGGAAAUGGCACAUUCCUCCCUAGUUUCGGACCCGGGUCGUACGUGAUGCACUUUUGUGUGGACUUCUUUGGCGGCGAUGUCGUUGAAAAUGGGGUAUGGGUCAAUAAUCGAGCAGGCACGGAUCCAAAAGAACUUUUCGUUACUCGUGGUUUCAACCUCUUCUAUUUAGAAGCCGGCGGAUGGGUUGGGUUCAGCAAGCUGGCUAAUAAUACGUUAACCGCUAGGAUGGGAAUAAGUUUCGUAAGUGCUGAUCAGGCUUGCCGACGGGCAGCAGAGGAGAUUCCUAGCCCGCUUAACGAUUUCGACGGACUCGUGGCCGAUACGGAAGAUGCGUGGCGAGAGAAGUUGAGCCCGAUAUCUGUUGAUGCUGGCGGCGCCAGUGAGGAAUUCCAAACUAGUUUCUGGAGCGGUCUGUAUCGCACCAUGAUCUCUCCCCAGAACUAUACCGACGAAAACCCGUACUGGGAUAGUGGGAUACCAUACUUCGACUCAUUUUAUUGUAUUUGGGAUUCGUUCCGCGUUCAGCAUCCGCUCCUUACCAUACUUGAUCCACACGCGCAAAUUCAGAUGGUCAACUCGCUUUUAGAUAUUUAUAAGCACGAGGGCUGGUUACCCGAUUGUCACAUGUCACUCAGCAACGGCUGGACCCAGGGUGGCUCAAAUGCAGAUGUCGUACUUGUCGAUGCCUACGUCAAGAAUCUUACAGGCAUCAGCUGGGAUGUCGCGCUCGAGGCUAUCAUCCAGGACGCCGAAGUUGAACCAUUGGAAUGGGCAUAUCACGGCCGGGGUGGCCUACGGAGCUGGAAGGAUCUCCAAUAUAUUCCUUACCUAGAUUUUGAUCCGGUAGGAUUCGGUACUAACUCGCGCAGUAUUUCAAGGACGCUCGAAUACGCAUAUAAUGACUAUUGUCUUGCUACAUUAGCACGAGGGCUCGGGAGAGACGAUUUAUACGAUAAAUAUGUUCAGAGAAGUGCCAACUGGCAGUAUCUAUGGAAGUCAGAUCAGCGCUCGGUUAUCGAUGGAAAUGAUACUGGAUUUACGGGCUUCGUUGAGCCAAAGUACCAAAACGGUACUUGGGGAUUUCAAGACCCGAUUGCAUGUUCGGCGCUUGCAAGCUUUUGUUCGCUCACCUCCAAUCCUAGUGAGACCUUCGAAGCCAGUAUUUGGCAAUACCAGUUCCUUGUCCCACAGUCGAUGUCUGCCUUAAUCGAGCUAAUGGGGACCGAAGAGCCAUUUAUUCAGCGCCUCGACUUCUUUCACACGUCAGGGCUAGCUGAUAUUUCUAAUGAGCCCGUUUUCUCGACGGUAUAUCUAUAUCAUUAUGCCGGUCGUCCUGGGCUAUCCACGAAACGGCUACACACCUAUAUCCCGUCGGCAUUUAACACGUCCCACGGAGGACUCCCAGGAAACGAUGAUUCAGGUUCGAUGGGCGCAUUCGUCGUGUUUGGGAUGAUAGGCCUCUUCCCGAUAUCUGGGCAAGAUGUGUACCUCAUUUCGGCGCCAUUUUUUCGGGAGGUCAACAUAACAAGUCCUCUGACAGGGAAGACGGCACAGAUCAAGACAGUUGGGUUCGAUGCCGGAUACAAAAAUAUUUACGUACAGAACGCGACAGUAAACGGCAAGCCGUGGACUAAAUCUUGGAUCAGCCACUCCCUUUUUACCGAGGGGUGGACGAUGGAACUGAUGCUUGGAAGCCAGGAGUCUGAAUGGGGCACCAAAUUAGAAGAUCGGCCACCCAGUUGGGGCGAGGUGAUGGUGUGA